CCCGUCCUCCGCUUGCGCCCCGCAGCCCGGCCGGCGGCCCCGCCGGCGCCAUGCAUUCGCUGGACGAGCCGCUCGACCUCAAGCUGAGCAUCUCCAAGCUGCGCGCCGCCCGGGAGAAGCGCGAGCGGGGCCCGGCCGCCGCCAAGCCGCCCCGCGCCGAGGAGGCCCGCCCGAGCCCCACGGCGCCGGCGACCUGCCCGCCGCCGCCCCCCCCGCACGAUUUCCAGCCGCUGCGCUACGUCGACGGCAUCCCCGGCUCCUUCCAGUUCUUCCUGCCGCUGGGCGCGGCGGGCGCCCUGCACCUGCCCUCCGCCGCCUUCCUGCCGCCCCCCAAGGAGAAGCGCCUCCCGCCCGAGCUGCCCCUGCCCAGGCAGCUGGUGUGCCGCUGGUCCAAGUGCAACCAGUUCUUCGACCUCCUGCAAGACCUCGUGGACCACGUCAACGACUUCCACGUGAAGCCCGAGAAGGACGCGGGGUACUGCUGCCACUGGGAAGGCUGCGCCCGCCACGGCAGGGGCUUCAACGCCAGGUACAAGAUGCUGAUCCACAUCCGGACGCACACCAACGAGAAGCCGCAUCGCUGCCCCACCUGCAACAAGAGCUUCUCCCGCCUGGAGAACCUGAAAAUCCACAACCGCUCGCACACAGGCGAGAAGCCCUACAUCUGCCCCUACGAAGGCUGCAACAAGCGCUACUCCAACUCCAGCGACCGCUUCAAGCACACCCGCACCCACUACGUGGAGAAGCCCUACUACUGCAAGAUGCCGGGCUGCCACAAGCGUUACACGGACCCCAGCUCGCUCCGCAAACACAUCAAGGCCCACGGCCACUUCGUGUCCCACGAGCACCAGGAGAUGCUCAAGGUCCACCAGCCCCCCAAGACGCCCCUGGGCUCGGCGGAAGUGCCUUACGUCAACGGGGCGCAGCUCAUCAUCCCCAACCCGGCGGCCCUGUUCGGCCCGCACGGGCUGCCGGGGCUGGGCGCCUCGCUGCCCAUCCCGCUGGCGCCGGCGCCCCUGGAUCUCAGCGCCCUGGGCUGCGGGGCCGUGGGCUCGGGCGCGCUGCCCGCGCUGCCCGGCCCCGUGCUCUCCCUCAACGGGGCCCCCUUGAACCUGGCCAAGAACCCGCUGCUGUCGGCCCCCUUCGCGGCGGGCGGCCUGGGGCUGCCCGUCAUGUCGCUGCUCGCCGGCGCGGGCAAGGCGGAGGUCGAGAAGUGCCACGGGGCCGACGGCCGGCUGCCCAAAAGCGGCAAGGCGCAGGGGCCGGAGAGCCGCAAGGAGUCGUGCGAAAGGACGGAGCUGGCGCGGCUGAGGGCCGCCCCCGCGAGCCCGCCGCUGCUGCCCGGCGCCGUCCUGGACCUCUCCGCCGGCGUGAGCGCGGGGGGCGGCCCCGAGGCCCUGCCGCCCGGCUGGGUCGUCAUCCCGCCCGGCUCCGUGCUGCUCAAGCCCGCCGUGGUGAAUUGAGAGGCGACGACGCCCGGGUCCGGCCGCGGACCCCACGGGCGGAUCCUGGGCUGGGGGGGCCCAUCACCCCGCUCCGGGCCUGGUCCCGCCGUCCCGCACCCCAGACUUCGGCUUCCUCUUGUUUUUAACCUCCACGAAAGAAGAAACGGACUCUUCUGAGAAUAGCAAUAAUCCCUCGGCGGCCGUGGCCGGCUACGACCCCCCCCCCCAACCCUGUGCCGCGCUCGGCCCGGCGUGGCCCCCACCCCGCUGCUGCUGCCGCCGCCCCCCCGGCCCCGAGCAGCCCCCGGCGCCCGCCGGAGCCGGGCAGCGUGGCAGAGCCGGUCCCCGGGCUGCUCCGGGCUGGUCCUGCGGCGAAGGCGGCCCCCCCCCCCCCCCCCAACCAAAAAACCACCCGGCUCAGGCCUCGGCAGCCGGAGACGCCUCUAUUUAUUUAUGGACCAGACCCCCCCCCCGCUCCGACAGGGCCCCCGUUGGGCUCUUCUGCUCUUGCUGACUUGGUGUCUCCCCGCCUGAGGCCUCAGCCCCCCCCCCCCCCAUGCUGCUGUCGGCCACCCGUCGCAGUGCACCCUGUCCCGGCGUGGGGGGGGGGGGGGACGGUGGCACGUCCUCCUGCCGAGGCUGAGUGCCGGGAGGAGCGGGCAGAGCGUGGGGCCGGCGGGCUGACAGCUCGGGGACCCGCUCCCGCGGCUGCGAGCUUGGGGAGGCGGCGGGCCCGACGGCACCGCGGCCGCGGCGGCCCUCGCGCGGCGCCCUGCCCCACGGCCAGGCAGCCCUCGGCGCCAGGCUGGCAGCCUCGCGGGGGUGCCCGCGCCCCACCGGCCUCGCUCCCUGCCUCCCCGGCCGCGCCAGCGCCAGCCCCGUCCCGGACACCCCUCCUGCUCCGCAGACAAGGCCGAACCGGAGACUCCGGACCGCGCGGCGUUGACCCCUCUCCCGGACCACGCGCGCCAGCCCGCGCUCGCCCGCCGCACCCCGCGCCGUGGACAGCCCCGCGUCGCCUCCCCGGACCUCCGCACGACAAGGCGUACGGCUGCGUACGCCGCUCACCGCGCCGGCUCCGCGCCCGGGGCAGAGCCGUCCUGUUUAGCUACGUUCAUACCUAACCAUGUAACCACACAAGCGCAGGCAGCCAGCCGGCAGCGCGGGCAGGACUCCGGCCUCGGCCGUGCCGGGCUCCGCGGGCAGCGCCGGCGGCACCCACUGCCCCAGCCCCGGCCUGUCCCCCCGGCGGGUGGCAGCUGGGUGCCCCGUGCCAGCUCUCCUAGGCGCCCCCAGCUCGACUGCGAGCUCGGCUCCAUGCUCGCCUCUCCGAGCUGCCCCGCGGGCACAGCGCUGCUGCCCGGAUCGCGGUGCCUGUGCUCCAGGCGGAGACCCCCGGGCACGCCCAGGUUUCGGCAGCCCCCUGGGCAGGGGGCUGCGGGGCCCAAGCCCCGCGUGACCGCACCGGGCACCCUCUCCUUGCAAGCCUGGGACACGCUGACCCCAGUUUCCAAAUGAGACCCUGGGGCCACAGGGCCGGACGUGCCACAUCAGCGCCGUGCGGCCCUGGCAAAGCACCUGGCCAGUCGGGCACCUGGGCACUGGGCCUGGCUGCGCCGCCGGCAGGUGGGCUGGGACACGCGGCCUUGCCCCGGCAGGGCCGGGGCUGCGAGCGGUGCCAGGACCUGGCCGCGGGCCCGGCCUCCGCGCGGGCAGGCCCCCAGCCCACGUGGGGCUGGCUCAGCACGCUGCCCCCCUGCCCCAGCCAGCUGGGCACCAGCUGUGCCAGCACCGCGCGGCAGCACGGGGGCACUGAGCACCCCACGCCACGCCGGACGCGUGGGCCAGAGUCGCCGCAGGGCCCUGGCACGGCUCUGCCAGCAGCAGCAAGAGCAAGCAGGGAGCUUCCGAAGCCGGGGCUGCGUCCCACCCGCUGGGGGGGCGGACAACCCUGCCGAGCCGCCCCGGCCGGUGCGGGGGCCCCCGAGCUCCAGCCCUGCGCACGCACCUCCCGCCCCGACCCUCCCUCCCCGGGGGAGCGCUCACACUCGCCACGGGGCCCGACUGCCCCCAGCACGGGGGCUCAGCUUUGCCUCGACAGCCCCUGCUCCUGCGGGGUCACUGGUGUCCCCCUCGCCCCGUGGCAAACACACAGCGGGGUCCUGCACACCUCGUACCUGCCCGCGGGCAGGACCCCUGUGCGCGGCUCUCUCCGGACCGGGGGUCUCCCUGACCCUGUCUUAGCCCCGCUGCUGCUGGAAGGAGCCCCCUGCGGAGGGGAGGGGGCUGAGGCUUGGGAAAGCCCCCAACCCAAAGCGCCCCGCCGCCACGCGCCCCACGGGGAGCCGGUCUCCCUGUGCUCACCCCCCUCGGGCCGGGGCGCCGCGGGCUGCCCCGCGCUGCCGCAGCAUGGCAUUCAGCCAUCGACCAGGCCUCCCCGGCCGGUGUUUGUUUUCUUGCUCGUUUGUUGGUUCGUUGUUGCACAUUCCAGGACAUCAGUAUUUUAACGGUCUCUAAGUGCCUUUCUAUUGUAGUUUCUGGGUUGUUUUUAUUUUCCUCCUGUUGGGCUCCAUCGCUGUUAGCAUAGAGUUUAAGGACUACAGAAGUAAGAGAUAAGCUAACGAUUAUAACACUAUAUUCCUCCAUGGGAGAGGAAGUUUAUUAAGAAAACAAUAAAGUAAAAUUGAAGUAA